AUGGCAGCAGCCCAGUCGCCGGAAGAGAUCUGGGCGUGCCAAAACUGGACGGCGGUGACUUGCAAGGUCCUCCAGACGGGGGUGGCCUAUCGGGGCAGCUGCAAUCGGCGCGUGCACGGCUUCCCCUACGCCGAAUGCACUGAGCAGGGACCAGUGCUGCAGCGCACCAUCAACCCCUGGUAUGACCCGGGCGGCAGGUACGUGAGCACGUCCUGCGAGCUUCGAGCGGACCGACGUUGGCGGUGGAUUUCGGGCCGACGCCUGGGCUGCAGCAACCAGUACCUGCCCUGGGCGCUGGUAGCGCUGAACGGCAAGCGUCGGUGUGCCUUCCGCUAUGGCCAGGAGAGCCUCUCUGAGAUGCCAGACUGGAACUCCACCGAGCAGCUCAGCGAGAGCCUCAAAAACCCUGGCAAGCCGGUGCGCUGCUUUGUGCUGCCCGACGAUGAUGAGUGCGCAGUGGCCCUCGAGUACCCCAUGACUAGCCUCGUCGCAGGGGAUGACGACUCCCAAGGUAGCGGCCCCGUCUUUAUCGUGGGCGCGGCGGUCUGCCUAUGCGUUUGCUGCUGUCUUGUAGAGCUGAUGAAUGUCCGGAAAGCUGUGGACGCGCGCUCUCUCGAAGAGUGCCAGGCCUACGCGCUGGUGGAGUAG